CCGAGCGGCUCCAGCGGGCUCCAGUUUCACCUCGUGUUUCGCUUGGACCUGUUUCGCUCCGCCAGCUCCUUCCUGCGCAUCGGCAGUCUCGAGGCCCGUUAGGUAGUUGCAGCGCAUGCUCUGUCUCCUCUCCUUCGAAUUUUGCGGCUGGAAUCCACGUUGAAACUACAUUCUAAGUCGAACCGAGUUUCCCCUCCUCUUAAGUCAAUUCGCAUUCCGAUUUGCGCCUCGUGCGUUCAUCGCCCAUUUUCGUCGUCACAGGUGUCGGUGCAAAUUUAAGUGUCGAGUGUUCUAUUGGUUUUGUUCUGGAUUUAGCUUCACGUGUUCGGUUUUCCAUGUUUCCGUGUCAAAUUUCUCUCUUUCAAAAUUUAAGUUUCUGACGUUCUCUAGUCCCCCCUCGAGUGAAAGUCUCUCGGACACAGAAGUUUCUCUUACUUCGUCUUACUAACGUCAAGUAAAAAUCCGACCCCAAAAUUGGUGCGCCUUCAACAACAUCCAUGUGUCUCGCAUAUUUCGUCCCCUAUUAGAUUUCCAUUCGCGCCCACAUCAUCUUCGUCUGAUUGGUAACACGUAUUAAGUUUUAAGUUUGUGGUUAUUUCAGAUCUGGUCCUGUCUAUUCCGUACCUCCGUGUUCUCGGGUCGAACUUUUAUUUGCAUCAAGUGCCGGAUCUUAAUGUCCUUUUAAAGUCCUCUCAGAUUCCGAAGCCCACGUGUUUUGGUGUACGUCUUCUUUAAUCCCAAGGGAGGUUUCGCGUGUCCCCCCGCGCCGUAUUUCGUUUCACAAUACCUAUCUGUAAUUUCAUGAUCCGGGUGACCAUUGCUUCAUCCCUGUGAAUUCCGGUGAGGCGCGCUUUAUUCUUUCCAGUUACCAGCGGCUCCUGCGGGGGCUCUUGGAGGCCGCCAUUCCUCGAUCCACGGCGCUUCAACGAUACGGUUAUGCUCCUACCAUGCAGAACAGCCCGGAGUUCAACGCUUUUUUCGUCUCGGUGGUGAAGAAGCACGAGGUCCUCUACAACCACUCCCUCAUCGGUCGCUCGGACAAGGACCGGGUUCGAGAGGCAUGGCAAAAGGUUGCCGCCGAGGUCCAAGGCACCGAGCACGAGUGUAAAGAUAGAUGGCGGUGCCUACGAGUGUGUUUCCUGCGGAUGCUGCGCUACUCGCAGCCCAACCACCGCGGCGUGAGGCAGAAUCACCGCAAGGCCUACUACCUGGCCGACGCCAUGAACUUCCUCCUGCCUUACGUGAAACCUAAGCAUGCGCCGCUCGGCUUCGAGCCCCUCGACGGACCCGUGAAAACGGAGCCAGACUUCGGCGUGGAGGACGGGCUCGACUCAGAAGACCAGUCCGAAGACCAGUCUGAACUCUAUCCGACCGACCUCCUCGAGCUGGAGGACGGCGAGCACUCCACCUCCUCAGUCGCCUCCUCCAGGGUCCCGGAGUUCUACGCCGAGCCCAGUCCUGCCUCCUCGCACGAGACUCCCGGGAUCUGCGCCGGCGAGCCCGCCCCCCUGGAAACGCACCGAACGCCUGUCAAAGAGGAGAUACCGCCAGCGGCACUCGAGGGUCGCCGCCGCAAGAGGAAGGCCAACGCUCCCGUCAGGGUCCAGGAGUAUUACGCCGAGAAGAACAGCCCUGGGUUCUCCCAAGAGUACUUCGCCCCUCCCACCACUGCUGAGAUGGAGGACAAGAAAAGACUCAAGGUGAAACACUGGAGCGAGCUGGCGGCGGGAAGGCAGAGCCCGGUGGAUGACGGCGAUUGGCUGUUCCUGAAGAGUUUGCUGCCCGACAUGCGGAGGCUGACGGAGAAACAGAAACGGCGCUUCAAGCAAAGGGUUUUGGGGCUCUUCGAUGACAUCGAGGAAGACGGUCCAGGUCCUUCCGAAUCGAGUCAUAUUCAAUUUUAGCUCCGCCCACCUUUUUGCCUUCAAUCAUUAGUGCCUAACACGUAACCGUCCUUUCCGUACGGUAUCCUUGUUUCUCAGGUGUAUUUUUGUCAUUGUUUUGUACAUACGUUGAUCUCAUUAAGCUAUUAAAAAGUUUUUUCCUUGAUUCA